AUGGCCCUUUGCCUCCGUCCGCAGGUGAGCGUCUACCAGGUCCUGGACAAGAUGAGGCCGGAGGCUCCGGAGGGGCGGAAGCUGCUGGCGAGCCGGCUCCUGGCGCUGCAGGGCUCAGGCUGGGAGGUCUUUGCCAUCACACAAGCUGUCCGCGACUGGACGGAGGACGAAAGCAGCAACCAAGGGCUGCUGGUGUCGGUGCAGAGCCUGGCCGGGGGCCCGCCGGACCCCCCUGGCGUGCGGUUCGCCUCCGGCCGGGACCACCACGAGAGCAAGAAGCCCAUGCUGGUGCUCUUCACGGACGACGGGCGCCGCGGAGCUUCCCUGCCCACCGGCGCCUUCCCAGGUCCCCAGGCUCCCAUUCUCCCUGCUAAGAUGACGGCGCCCAAAGGGAGCGGGCCGCGGAGCGCGCGCUCGCUGGACCGCCUCCAGCCCUGCCAGCGGCAUCCCCUGUCCGUGGACUUCGAGGAGAUCGGCUGGUCCGGCUGGAUCAUCUCUCCGCGCGGCUACAACGCGUAUCACUGCAAGGGCGCCUGCCCCUUCCCGCUGGGAGAGAACAUGCGGCCCACGAACCACGCCACGGUGCAGUCCAUCAUCAACGCGCUCAAGCUGAGCGAGGGCGUGAGCAGCCCCUGCUGCGUCCCGGACAAGCUCUACUCCAUCAACCUGCUCUACUUCGACGACGACGAGAACGUGGUGCUCAAGCAGUACGACGACAUGGUGGCCGGGAGCUGCGGCUGCCACUGCUGCAGGAGGAAGGAGCAUCCCGCUGCCCGCGUCCCUCCGGGAGCCCCGGGAGGCUGCACGGAGAUUUGGCCCCGGUGCAAAACCACCUUGCGAGAGCCUCCGUCCUGCAAAACCGGUACCAAAGAGGCUGGGGGGAGCAACGCGGGGACCUGGUCGGUUGUCCCCAGCGUGGCCACGGUGGCUUCAUCCGCAACAGGGCCUGGGAGAGCUCGGGCUGAGCUCAGAUUAGACUGA